GAUGUUCCCAUUAUUAUUCCUUAGAAAGUUACAAAUCGAUUCCACCUCCACAAUAAAUCAGAACCACAUCAUAUUUCAAUUGGUAUAAAGCUCAAGAUACUAGAUUAAAAGAUCAUGGCUAUGGUUUUAAGUUCUAAAACCAUUCUAUUCAUCUUCACUAUUAUUAUUUCUUUAUUCUUCACUACUUCGUCUGCUGAAACAUGUAAAAAUCAUACUUUUACAUCCAAAAGGGUCUUCAAAUCUUGCAAGGAUCUUCCAUACCUCCAUGCUUAUCUCCAUUGGACCCUCUAUAAAUCCUCAAGACUAGUUCAUAUUGCAUUUCGAGCCCAAUACGGCCCAAAAGGUUGGGUUGCUUGGGCUAUCAAUCCAAGAUCAACAAUUAUGACUGGCUCGCAAGCACUGGUUGCUACUCGCGAUGCUAAAGGCAGGAUGUCGGCUUAUACCACGCCGAUUAUUGGAUACAACCCGUCAAUGAAACCUGGGAAACUCGAAUUCCGUGUUUCAAAGCUCUCGGCGGAGUAUGCAAACAAGGAGAUGACUAUUUUUGCAAUUGUUGGCCCACUCAGAAACUUGCCAAUUGUCAAUAUAGUGUGGCAAGUUGGAAGUGUCGAUCGAAAAGGUGUCCCUCAAAUGCAUGAAAUGGAGUCGCAAAAUCUUCGAUCUGCCAUGGCAAUUGACUUAUCGUAACAAAUAUGAAACUUGAAAUUCAUCACUUCAUUUAUAUAAUAAAGUAUAUAUACUUGUGCUAACCUCUUGGCUCAAACUAUGGGAUCACAGUCGCCCAACAUUUUCUA